UUCUUUUCAGUUUUCACAUUUCAGGGUUUGAGCGAACAGCGAAGAAGCCAUGGCCGAUGAUGCUACGGAUACGGAGCACAAAAUUAUUGCAGUUGAAGGUGUUGAUGCUGGAGAUGUGGAGGUGGAGCCGGAGAAUGUUUGUUCGAGUGGAGAAGUCUCAUCUAGUGGCGAGGCGGUGCGGGAAGUAGGAACAGGCGGAGAAAUUCUGACCAGAGUGGAGCUUGAUUUGGCAUAUUCGUCUGAGAAGUUGGUGAACUUGGACAUGCUUUUGAUGCACGUCGCCGCUAGGGAAGGCGAUUUCGAGGCUUUUUCUGUAGAGAAUGAUGAUAUUGAAGCUGACUCUGCUAAGAAGGCCUUGGAGUUUCAUCUCUUGUCCGGAAUUUUAGAUUCAGAGGUUAGAGAAUUGGAUGGUUUCAUGGAUUCUCUUCAGUUGGAGAUUGUGGAUGCUCGUCGGAGAAUAUCUUCGUGCGAGCACCCAGGAGAAUUUUUUCUUGAAAUGGAGGCGAAGUUGCACGACUCUGAAGAAUCUUUGAAGCAGUCAAAAGAUCAGGUGCGUGAGAUGAUUGAGCAAUCUGCGAAGUUCCAAAGGGAAUUAUCAGCUUUUGGUGAGCAAAAAAAUUUGGAUGAUGGCAAGGGUGCAGAUUUUCCUGAAAGUGGUCAACUUUCGGACAUGAAUGCAGAGUUAAAAAUGCAGACUGCCGAACAACAAAGGCAUAUCCUUAGAAUGCUGGAGAGAUCUUUGGCGAGAGAGCUAGACCUUGAAAAGAAGCUAGCUGAGUCAAGACAAAAUAAAGAAGAGAUGAAAUUAAAACUGCAUUCUACAGAACAAGAACUACUAUGCAUGGAAGAAGCAGAAAAAAUUACUUCUUGGAGGUUAUUUGAGGCAGAAAAUGCCACCGAGGUAUUAAAGGGAAUCACGAAAGAACUUAUGGGUCGACUUCAAGUUGUUCAAUUCAAUCUGAAUGGUUCGAUUCAACGAGAAGGUGAAGUCAGAUCUAAGCUUCAAGACUGCAUAGAACAGCUGAAGGCCAAGGAAAGUGUUUUGCAGAAGCUUGAGACCAGCAAUGCAGAGCUUGACAGUUUCCUACUCACAGAAACAAACCGCUUAAAAGCCAUUCUGAAGGAGGCUGAAAAUAGAUAUAUUUCUGUCAAUUCUGAAGCCUUUACUUUGAGAGAAAAGGCAAGUGUGCUAGAGGAGCAGCUAAAAGAAUCUGAAAUCCAACUACACAUCGCAAAGGCUGAAAUUGAAGCAAGUCAGGAGCAGCAUGAUGCUUUAUGUUCUGAACUCAGUGAAAUGGAUAACACAAUUGAAGACCUGAAAAAAAAUCUUUCUAAGGCUGUGAACAGAGCUGAGAGUGCAGAAGCCAAGUGUAAAUUGUUAACAGAAACUAACUUGGAACUUAAUGAAGAGUUGGGAUUUCUUAAGAGUGGUGGUAAUAACAUGGAGAAGAAGAACUUAAUUGAGAGGCAGCUGAGAGAAUAUGAAGUUGAACUACAAAAUGCAAAAGCGUCUGCUGAAGCAAGUCAGAAGCAGCAGAAUAUGCUGUAUUCUAUGGAAAAUUUAAUCAAGGAUCUGAAGUCCAAGGUGUCAAAAGCUGAAAGCCAAACUGAGAGUGCAGAAGCUAAGUGUAAUCUAUUAUCUGAAACUAACAUGGAACUUAAUGACGAGAUUAGUUUUCUGAGGAACAGAAUGGAAUGUUUGGAGUUGUCUUUGCAUCAGGCUGAUAAUACUAAAAUAGCAACAGCGAAGGACAUUAGCAUUAGAACCAAAGUAAUAGUGGAUUUGGUCAUGCAACUAGCCUUGGAAAGAGAACGUGUCCAGAAGCAGUUAACUUCAUUGAUGGAGGAGAACAGAAUUUUGGCACAGAAAUUACAGUAUAGAAAGAAGGAUGUGGCUAAGGCUAUGAGCUAUGAUGUGAAUGGAAAUGAUAGAAAAAUUCUAUUUUGCAAGGAUAGUUUGGUUACAGAUACUUCUACAAAAUCACCCAAGGAAGUAAUAAUAGAGUCUUCAGCUGCUAGUUUCCAGGUGGAGAAGCCAGCAAAAGCAACAUCUGUAAAUGAGACUGAAGUAGACCCUGCCUGUUCCACAGGGAAUGCCACUAAUGAAGCAUCCAAGGUCGACACUGUGAGAACAAUAGAGGCAGGGCAGCUCAAUUUCAAGUAUGUUUUCAUGGCAGUUUUCAUCUUACUAAUUUCAGUACUAGCUGUAUAUCUGUUCCAACAAGAUAGCUGCCCAUUUUCACAACUCAAGAACAAAUAAUCUUUGCUUAAACAUGCGGGACUGUGGCAAUAGAUGCAAUAUCUACAUAUUCCAGUUAGAGACAUUAGUUGUGACCUUGUGACUUACACAGUUUUUUAUUCUAUUAAAUUUCAUUCCUUUUCAUGAUUUUGUCGUUAUACUGUAGAUUGCCAAAAUAUCAAGUGGGCAUUUACAAGCCAUAUGGAACUAAAAAUGUCAGAAUUUUUAGAAGCGGGCAUUUUAUUAAGUCA